CUUUGCCGCCAUGUUCCACUGAGGCAGCCGGCCGGAGUCACAGUUCGCCGAGAGGCUUCGAUCUCCGCGCGCGUGUCGUUUACACGAGCUUUUCCGCUUGCCUAAAACUUUCGAAACUUUUUCACGUCGUCAUCAAAGCCAGUGUUCUUGUUGGUGAUUCGUUAAUGAGAAAACUUAAUGGAUUUUAAACUGUGCUUGUGGAAUGUUAAUAUUGUUUGAGCGAUGCGGUGGUGGCGGUGAGCAGUGAUCGGGCAUGCAGGAUGAGCACGGGCGGGAGACGCGCGCCCGGUCGGACUGUUGUCAUCGCACUCAUACAGAUCAUCACUAUUAUAUGCCAAGUUCUCACGGAGGAACCUCGUUUCUCGGAGCCCAUCCCGAAUGUGACGGUUGCGCUCGGUCGUGAUGCGAACUUACCCUGCGUAGUAGAACAUCUUGGCAAUUAUAAGGUAGCAUGGAUUCAUAUAGAUCGUCAAAUGAUACUAACCAUACAUCGCCAUGUGAUCACACGUUUGGCGCGCUUCAGUGUGUCGCACGACAACGCCAUGACUUGGCUGCUGCACGUCAGCCAGGUGCAGCAAGAGGACCGCGGCUACUACAUGUGUCAAGUUAAUACCAAUCCCAUGAUCAGCCAAGUGGGCUAUCUACAAGUCGUUGUCCCUCCCAACAUCCUAGACGAGGAAAGCACCCAAUCAGCUGUAGCAGUGCGUGAAAACCAAAACAUAAGCCUGGUGUGCAAGGCCGAUGGUUUCCCCACACCGAAGAUUAUGUGGAGACGGGAAGAUGGCCAGCCUAUCUCCGUGGAAAGGAGAAAGAAGGUAACCGUGUACGAAGGAGACACUCUUUCCCUGCAACGCAUAAGUCGCACGGAGAUGGGCGCCUACCUUUGUAUUGCCACCAACGCCGUUCCCCCUUCUGUCUCCAAGAGGAUUAUUGUAGACGUUGAAUUCUCGCCUAUGAUUUGGGUGCCUAACCAGCUGGUUGGAGCACCGGCUGGCACUGACGUCACGGUGGACUGCCACACCGAGGCCCAUCCCAGAGCAAUCUCUUACUGGGUCUAUGAUAACGUAAUGGUGCUCCCUACGAAGAAGUACGCCAUCAACACAGAGGAGAACUCAUAUCGGGCCCACAUGAAGCUAACGGUGCGCAACCUUCAGGGAGGUGAUUUCGGAAACUACCGCUGCAUCUCGAAGAACUCCCUCGGGGAGACCGAAGGCUCUAUCAGGCUCUACGAAAUUCCUAUGCCGUCAACGUCUCCAAAGGCUACUGAGAUGAAAAGUACAGCGAACAAAGAAAGCGUCCGUCGCACGAACGUAACGCGAUCGUCGGUACGUGAGCGUGAGCGCGAGCGUGAGACGGCGAGCGCGACGGAGCGGCCGAGCGUGGUGCGCGCACAACUCGACCGCGCGCCUGCGCCUGGCACUGCCCACGUCUACCGCGCUCAUCCGCACCACGACUCAGGUUCGAACAAGGUGCAGUGUUGGCGACAAUCUUUCCUGGCUCUCAUUGUUCUCGUCCAGAUAGAUUUCUUUGCCGAUAUCUUAAUUUGUACUUGAAUUUUUGUUAAUUAAGGUUGUAUGCUAUUUAAAUCUGAUUAACAGUAAAUAUGGUGUUUUCUGUGUUGAAUUGUAUAAGUAAUCAAAUUUCGAAAAUAAACAUAUCAUAAAACCCCUUUGUGAAUAUUCCGAAUGAAAUUUUUAUAUUUUCAAUAUCAAAUGGUGUGUAGUUUCAUGAAGCUAUUUUCAAUUUUAAUGUUUCUUUGUAUUCUUUUAUUGAUAGUUUUGGUCAAAGCUUUAGUAACCAAUGUGUAAGUGCUAUAUACAAAUAUAUAUUUAAUUAAGAUUGUUGAAUGAAUUACUAGUCAAAAAAUUAAAUUAAUCCAACUCACAUCUGAUUUAUGGCAUUUUAAUAAUACCGCCUAAACCUGAGGUUUUGUUUUUGUAGUUGUGCAGAAAUAAUAAAUAAUAAUUAUUAUAAAUUGUUUGUCAAAUCGGCCUAUUCUUUGGUCGGCUUUGGUCAAUUAAUUAUUAAUUAAUUGUGAAAUAUUACAUUUAUUGCUACUUAAACUCCUUUUUAUGUAAUUGUCCUUCAGUCGCACUUUAUCUAAAAUUUUAAUAAUUAAUUAUGACGGCCCGCUUCGCCUUAUGUGUAAAAUGAUUAGUCCGAUUAGAUCUACACGUGCCAAAGAUAUUAUAACUUAUAAUUUACAUAAUUAAAAUAUAGUUUUUUCGAUGUAAUGCGUGCUGACUUUUCAAUUACUUAAAGUAUUUAAUAGUUAAAAUAAAUAAACCUAUUGCAUACCUAUAUCCCAACCGAGUAAUAGUAUGUCAGCACGUAUACAAACAGAUGGUAAUGGUAAUAAAAAUAGUAUUUAAAGAUUAGUUAGCGAUUCUCGAAUGUAAUUAUCCAAGCUUGCCCUUCACGCUUGUUCAAUGUAAAUAUAAAUUAAAAUCUAAUGCACAUAAGAAACAAUUAAUCAUAUCAAUUUGUUGAUUUACAUAGAUGUAAUUGAAUGUACAAAUUUUUGUUUUAACGAAUGUAUCAAUAGGUUAACUACGAGCCGUAUACGGCGUUGGAUGUAAAUAAGGUGAAAUAAAUUAGUAUAAAAGA